AUGUGGUUCAACAAUUUUGACGAUGAUGACGAUCUGGAAGGAUCAUAUAUGCUGUCAGAUGCCGGUAAGAAGUGCACAAUAUUCGUGAUUGAUGCAUCACCGAAAAUGUUUGAGAAGUACGAAGGUGAAAGUGGCGACGACAAUCGAUCAUCGGAUUGUGCAUUCAGAAGAGCAUUGAAGAUAAUUCGUGUACAAUUGGUGAAUAGAGCAGUCACCUCUUCGAACGGGGAGUACACGGCGAUUAUAUUCAUUAAUACGGCGAAAAGUUGGAAUAAUGUUGAUAAUGUGGUUACUUGGCAAGAGCUAGGAGUAAUCAGUGCUGAACGGGUGAAGCAGAUCGAUAACUUGAUCAAAUCAGGUUAUUUUUUUGGUUAUAUUUUUCGCAAAAUGUUUUUGGUGAUUUUAUUCGUUGAAAACAUUAAACCUGAAUGCGAUUCCGUCCUGCAGAAGACAUCUCAUCGGCAUUUCACGAAAUUGGUGGAGGUCAUGGAAAAUGUGAUUAUAGUGAUGUUCUUUUCUUGUGCAUCAAACUGGUCAAAUCUAAAGAAUGCAAUCACUUUUAGUCCGGUAUUUCAACGGAGAGUGGUGUAUUUGUUUACGAAUGAACCGAAUCCAUUCGGUUCGAGCAAACAACACACGAUUGGUGCAAUCAAGAACGCUGAUGAUCUACGUAAGCAUAACACCGAAUUCGCGAUUUUUCCGAUUUUAUCUGAACGUGAUGAAUUCGCAUUCGACUUUAACGUCUGGAAACAUCUAGACGCAGACGUUGAAAAACAUAGCGAUAAUAUUGUUGAAUUGGAAGAAGAUAUCGCUCGUAAACAAUACGCACGAAGAAAUAUCUCAACGAUGGAUUUUUCGUUGAGUGAUGAUGUGAAAAUAUCUGUUGGAAUAUAUUCGUUGAUACGAUCUGAAAAAAUGCCUUCAUCCGAUACUUUGGAUGCAGAGAGGAACGAAAAAGUGCAGAGGUCGUUUAUUUACACAAAUAAGCAGAAUCAUGAAGAAAUGCCAUUGUUUGAACACGAAAUUACACGACGACAGCAGGUGGGUGGCGCUGAAGUAAAUAUGAGUGCUGACGAAAUUGAGAAGUUACGCCGACUCACACCUCCUGGACUGGUUUUACUGGGUUUUAAACCGGUAUCUGCGUUGAAGCUUUCACAUCAUAUUCGAUGUUCACAGUACGUAUAUCCCUUAGAAUCGUUAACAGUUGGUUCAGCACGUUUAUUAAGAACGCUGCUGGAAGUGUGUGAAGCAAAGAAGAAGAUUAUGAUUUGUCGAUAUACACAAAAGGAAAAUACACCUCCGAAAUUAGUCGCACUUGUACCUCAGUCAGCAGCCAGCCACGAUCAGUCAGACCACUCAAAGUUAUUGACGAUUUCAUUUGAUUCAUUAAUGCUGGAACCAGUGUCAAUGUUCGAAGUGCGCAGUAAUAUUACAUUCGACAAAUGCCAUCAAUUGUAUAUAAUUAUCUGUAUUAUUAGUUCGUAUGAUUGCCACUCUGUCACGAAUUCAUUUCAGUCCAAAGACAGUGAUAAGUUUCGAUAUCCCGGAUUUCAUUUAGUGUAUUUGCCAUUUUUCGAAGAUAAACGUGAUCUCAGCGAGCAGAUGUCACAUCCUGAUGGAGAAUGGCCAAAAGGUUCAUUUUUAGUGUCACAUGCUGUUUGA